GAGCAUGUCGGAGCGCAGGAGUCACAUACAGAUGGCGCCACCGCCGCCGCCCCCCAAGCCAAACAAAUCGCAAUCGCAGACGACAGCCAAUGGAAACGGUAAUGCCAAUGGAAACGGAAUCCUGCCGAACGGCAAUAACAAUGGCUACAAUGGUAGUAAAAGUGUCGCAGUCCCCGGACCCGGACUAGUAGAUAGACAGCAACAGCAACAGCUACAGAAACAGGAUACCCCGAAUCCGAAUCAGAAGUCUAGCGCCGUUCCAAGGAGCCAGACGCCACCACGGACAGAGCAGGUAGUGAUGACUCCGCGUGGCAAGACCGCUAACAGUACGGUUAUACUCAUCGAGCGUAAGCUGGUCGAUGAGAUCAAUGAUCGGGUGCAUGUGGCCGGCGGUGAUCACACCGGUAUCAUCAUCAACAAGGACACCGUUGCCGGUCAGAAGAGUGCCAGCAAAGCGGCGGCCCUGUCCUUGGAGUUUCGUGUCUUUUUGGUUAGCGCCAAUACGGGCAAGCAUUCCCAGGAGUCGAGGACAUUGCGUUUCUGGUUCCGUGACUGGCUGACCAAUGACGAGAAACAGGCUCACAUUGCCCAGGACUUUUUCAAGGAGCUAGUGAGUCCACAGGACUUUCCCAGAGAUUAUGUUGGUUUCAUUAAGAAGAUAAUGAAACUACUGCAGCAUGGCUAUUCCGAAAUCCAAUCCAUUGAAAUAGAGCUGAGAAUUUUGGAAGAAACUUCGGCACCUCCUUCGCGACCACCCCGGGAUGGUUACAUCAUUUAUUGUUAUGGCGAUUGCAACCGGAAGUACGAGGAGGCGCUGAUCGCGCAGCGGAAGACAGUAUCCCUGGAGGAAUCCCAGUUUGAAUCUCCACCUUUGACCCAGGAAAAAGUGCUGGAAUUAAUCGAGCAGGCCUAUCCCAAUCCAGUAUCGCCCGAAGAUCUGGCCAAGGACUAUGGUUGGACUGAGCAGGAUGUCCUGCUGGUGAUUCAGUCCCUACAGGAACGUGGCCUCAUCAAACUGAUGGAGUACAAUGCCUAUACCCGCAUCCACCACGAGGACAAGGAGAUCAAGGUGGUCAAGCAAAUGCCCACAAUCGCCUCCAACAAGCAGCCCACCAUCGCCAUCAUUACGGCUCAGUAUUGCGAAAAGCUGGCCGUUGAUGCCAUGUUGGAAAAUAAGGAGACAUUCGUCCGAUACACCACAGUCGAUUCCGAUCCCAAUCUAACGAACUCACUCAGAAAGUCCAAAAAGAAACGAAGAUUUGGCGAAUCGAAUGUGUAUACCCUGGGAAAUAUCGGGGCACACAGGAUCGUGAGCACCAAGCUACCAUCGGUGGGCAGCACCAGGGAGGCGAUGACGGCGACGGGUAAUACCACCACCCGGCUAUUGGGCACAUUCCAGAAGGUGGACUUUGUCUUUAUUGUGGGCGUGGCCGGAGGCGUGCCCCACUAUACGGACUACAAGAAGCACGUACGAUUGGGCGAUGUUGUCAUCUCGUAUGUGGACAAGCAAAGGGCAUUGAUUAGCAACAGCAAAGAAAAGCCUUACGUUUAUCUGUACAAGAGCGGUGAGGAUGUGAAGACCUAUUUCCCGAUCAACGACUCCCUGCAGCAGAUCGCCGAGAGCCUGCAGGCCAAUAUGCAGGUGAAGCGGCCCUGGGAGAACUAUCUCAGCCAGGCUCAGAAGACCCUCGCCCAGAAGACCGAAAGCGACUUCAAUCGGCCGGACAGCAAAACGGACAAGCUCUUCAUGAACAUUGGCAACAACGAGGUGAUCGAGGUGGCCCAUCCCAUUGCCGCCGAUGAAGUGGACGGUGUGCCGCGGCUGCGCCUCCAUCUGGGACCCAUCGGCUCUGGCCGGGAUCUGGUGAGGAGCGAUGAUCUGCGCACCCAAUUCGCCAGGAAGUACGGACUGCUGGCCACCGAUGUGGAGAUGAGCUCCGUGCUGGACAGCAUCAUUGGCAAUUGCCGGGAGAGCUUUAUCCUGGUGAAGGGCAUUGCCGAUUACAAGGACGGUACCUCGACGAGGAAGUGGCAGAACUUUGCCGCCCUUUCGGCGGCGUCGGUCGUCAAGUCGGUGAUCUGCGGCAUGGAUGCGCCGACGAACGUUUAGGGGGGGCCAGCAUUUGGAUAUCAUAUCCACCGAUUCCCUCAUUCCUCAGCCCGUAAUCCUCUAGCAUUUUAUUUGAUUUUAACAAAGUCUAAUUUUUUAUCAAUUCUUUUUUUUUCGGUAUUCCUCUAAGAAUCGGGCAUGGAAGGGAAACUGGUGGGGGAUUGUUUAAGUAAAAAACCAAAAUGUGCAUAGAUUGCAUUAUAUAUUGUAUGUUUGCGUAAUAUUGUAUUAAAUAAUUUCUUGUUAUUUAUUUUGUUAUAACUUUUGUACUACAAACAAUCUAAUUUACACACACACACACACAACAACAACAACACACAACGUAUAUAAAACACAUAUAUACAACAGUAAAUAAAUAAAUAAAUCAAGCAACUAAGUUUGCAAAUA